AUGGGCGAACAUGUUUGCGCCGGAGGGUCAGACGCAGAUGAUAAGGCAGACCCAUCACCAGCAGACGAACCUUCUUCAGCCGCUCCGCCAGCCCCGGCAACUUCACUGUUUGGUCGACUGAAUCCUUUUAGUGCCUCUCAGGCGCCUCAAGUAGACACUACUGUCGCUGAUCGACUAUCCACAGGUCCAUCCCAAGACACUCGCGGAUCGAUAAGUUUGUCGCCAAAGACCCAAAGUGGACGACCUGGUCUCGGGAGCACCGAUGAUUUACAAGCGUUGCGCCGGCCCAGCGCCUUCGCAACGGGUAACGCGGACCGAGCCCCAAACUUGCUACAACGUAUGAACAGCAUGACCCCUGGGCCAUUUGAUACGGACCGACGGCCGUCGGCUGAUUUCCCGCGGAGCAUGACAGACCUAGGACCUAACACGCCAGCAGGCAGCAUGGCAGAUCUGCGACUAAACACACCAGCGCGGAGCAUGACAGACCUAGGACCAAACACACCAGCACGCAGCAUGACAGACCUAGGACCAAACACACUAGCACGCAGCAUGACAGACCUAGGACCAAACACACUAGCACGCAGCAUGACAGAUCUGCGACCAACCACCCCGAUUCAACGGCCAGGGACAUCGGCAUCAAACAUUUCUGCUGGACCCGGAAACCCGGUGACGCCAAUGAGAGGGAACGGACCUGAAGGAUUUGGCCCUCCCCAACGAGGGCCUCCCCCACGGGGGCCGCCGCCAACAGGGCCUCCUCCAUCGGGACCAGUUCAACAAGACCUGAAGCCCGACAACGCCUUCACCAUGCUGAAUCGCGCCGCGACCUUUCACGGGCCAAACCAUACUCCAGAACCGCCACACCGGACACCGUCUGCACCUGGAUUCCGUCCCGAACGACCCCGACGACCGUCCGAAGCAGCUAGAGAUGCUGCAAGGGGCCCGGUGCCAGGCCCGAGGCCAGGCGCGAUGUCAGGUCCGAUCCCAAUGACGGAUGAUCGAAUGAGAAGGCCGAGUAGAGGCCCAGACACAUCCCGUCCCCCACCGCCGCGAACCGGCCUCGUUCGGGCGAGAACUACAGGGCCAGAUGGAGCCCCUGCCGUGCCAGCCAUCAAUCUCGCGGAGGAAUUCGGAGUAGGAAACCCAUAUCAUACACCAUCCGAAUCCGUUUCAUCCAAUGGGUCGAGCCAGGCUUCAUCCAAUGGCUCAACCCAAGGUACUACCUUGGAGCGCCGACCUAGUCAAGCAAGUCAGGCUAGCUCAAGGACGAGCCCACCCCGAUCUGUGGCAUCCAGUGGGAGGAAAGGAUCGGACACGCCCACAUUUGACAGCUCUGUAACAAGGGCGAGCCCACCCCAAUCUAUGGCAUCCAACCUACAGGUGGACGAGGAUGGAGGUAAACUGACGCGGACACCCUCUACGCAAUCAGUCCCUUAUGAUGGUGGUAUUCCUCAAAUGCUCCGGAAGCUGAGACCACCACCCCUAAGCAAAAGGCCACCUCCUCCAGAAGGUGGAUAUGAUCCACGAAUCGACCCACGCUUGCAGCGGAAUAAGUCACCCUUGGCUUCACCUGCUCUUGAUCUUUCAGGUCUCGACGACCCGAAUGCCCAAUUUGAUCGCGGAGUCUCCCCACAGCCCGCACCAUCUGCAUCUCCGCUGCUGGCCUCGGCAACAAUCGAGAGAAGGGAUCGAUCCUCAACUGCAACCGCGAAUAGCCAACAGGAACGCCCGCCUUCUCAAUCCCCUCAACGUCCAACAGAGCGGAGCAGUCGCCAGUCCCUGUCCGCACCAGAUGUGCAACAACAGGAGCCCCCACAACCGGAAUCUCCCACGUCUCCGGCGGAGGAGAAACCCGAGCCUCGAAUCGAAACCCAGGCUAAGGAACGACAGCCUUCUCAGCCGCCGCAAGCCACUGAGCCGCCAGUUGUGAAGCCCGACGAAGAGCAACAAGAACCGGAGACGCAAACAAGCCCACGGGCUCCAGGACCCGACGACCAGCAGCGUGGGAGUAUCGAUCGAACAGCAAGGCUGGAUCAAGAACGGGAGCGGACGCCCUCACAGCCUCGACAGGCUCCUCCGACUACCUCAUCUCGUGGCGACUGCAAAGGCUGCAGCCUGCCCAUCACAGGCAAAUCCAUUUCCAGCGCGGACGGCCGUCUGACGGGACGCUACCAUAAAGCCUGUUUCGUCUGCUCGACCUGUCGCCAGCCCUUCUCCUCCGCCACCUUCUACGUCCACCAGGACCGACCGUACUGCGAGCGCCACUACCACGAGCUCAACGGAAGUCUCUGCGGAAGCUGCGACAACGGUAUCGAAGGCCAAUACCUCGAGGACGAACGGCGCAGGAAGCACCACGUCGGCUGUUUCCGGUGUGGCGAUUGCAAACUCGUGCUGAAGGAUGGCUAUUUCGAGGUCAACGGGAAGGCCUAUUGCGAAAAGGACGCUUGGAGGAGGGUGCAGUGGCUCGCUAGUAACGGCGGUGGGGGCCCAGGUCGGAAGCCUCCUCCGCCCGGACCGCGGUUCGGACCUCCUGGAGCGGGGGGGCCACCACGGACUGGACCUAUGGGACCUGGUAUGGGUGGUAUGGGCCGCCCCGGCAUGGGUCCGGGCGCACAUGAACUACCGCCGCCGGGCAUACCGCGCAUGGAGAAGCGUAUGACUAGAUUUGGCAUGAUGUCAGCUGCUUAA